GUUGAGCAGUGUAACGCCUUCCUCUCUAGGAUUGCUGUGACCACGAAGCACAUGUCCAAAGCAGGACAUACUGACAUGCUUACAUUGAUGGCCAUGCGCUGGAAUCAGCAAAAGUUUAAUAACUUGGCUACUUCACUUGCCUGCCGAUAUCAGAAGGCCACAAAACGUCUGGAAAGCCAACUUCAGGACCUGGAAAGCAUGAGAAUCCAGCUGGCAGUGACACAGGUUGAAGUUGAGGGCUGGGUCACUGAUAUUAAGGAGUGGGCAGAAGCAACAACAUCCCAAAAGAAUGCCGAUCUUGACGCAGUGAUCAAUAGAAUAGAGGUGCUGGUGGCCAGCAUUAAAAGAAGGUCCCAGCGCCUUUACAAAGACACCGAUGGCAGCAAAGGUCGGGCCCGGAUCCGGCGCAAAAUCAGAGAGGAGAAGGCCAUUCUUAGCUCUGUUGUUGAAAAAUACAACAGUAUGGUUCCAGAUACAGAAAGAAUCGCCUUUGACAUCAUUCUCUCUGACGAGACAGUUUGGCCAUGGCAACUUUCACAUGGUGACGCUGUAGAUUUGAAAACCAAGAGGAAGGCAUUUGAUGUUGUGAUGGCUAUAAGGAGACUUGAGGAGGAGAAGAAGAUUGUUCUUUCUGAGAUGGCAAAGCAUUGGAAAUCUCUCUCCACUCGUGCAGACACACUCAAGGAGAUGUCAUGCCAGCUUUCCAGUGAGGCAUUGAAAAGUGAGCUGUGGGAUCUAAAUGAAGAAGGGAUCAAGGGUUUCCUCAGCUUAACUUUGAGAAAGAAGCAAGAAGUCACCAGAAUGAUGAAGCAUGCAAGAGACUGUUAUGCUAAAGUUUUGACUGGAACAAGUAUGGACUUCCAGAAUGAUUGGGAUGGAUACGACAGUGACUCUGAAUUGUCAGAUGAGUUUGAUGAGCUCUCAAGUGAGAAAUGAGCAUUAAGUCAUUUUUGUUGCAGAGUUUCCUUUUUAUUUUUUAUUUUGUUUAUUUUUUCUCCCACUCUAACAAUGCAGCCCUAUUUCUGAUACCGUAGGGGGUCAGAAAUGUUGCUGUGGGGGGCCACUACGGUCAAAUCAACAUGGAGGAAACACUGUUUGUGUGUCAGAUAUGCUUGAAUAAUAGUAUUCAUCAUAUCUACAUGUGACAUUACAACAAUAAUGAAUGUAAUUAAUUUAAGUAACUGUUUUUCCAAUAGUAAUCUUCUGUUUAUGGUAGAACAAAACUGUGCGGAAAAGUUUGCAGGAAGGUGUAAAUAUGUGCAUUGUAAUAAUAAUAAUAAACAUAAUUCCACUAAUGUCA